AGGUGGAUGAAAGGGUUGUCCCACUUUUCCCCCAUUGUAAAAGCUGAAUUUGAGCAUAGCGCCCCCUGUAGGAAUUCUUCCACCGGGCAGUAUAUAAAGCCGCUGUGACGUCACGGGGCCCGUUCCCAGUGUUGCUGCGGGAGUGGGAGGCUGCUGGACGGGUGGAGUGUGGACCAGGCUGCUGGAGCUGAGAUAAAUCCCGUGGACACAGCCGGCUCGGCCUCAAGCUCUACUCUCUUUUUAGGGGGGAUUUAAUAGGAACAAGAAGUAUAUGUUUUUUUAUACAAGCCAACUUUUGGAGUCCCAGGAGCUUCAAGAAGACGAGAGCUUUCACUGAAGUGCAAUGGAGGAUGGGAAGCCAGUGUGGGCUCCCCACCCAACGGAUGGGUUCCAGCUGGGAACCAUAGUGGACAUCGGAUCGGACAGCCUCACCAUCGAACCUCUGAAACAGAAGGGAAAGACUUUUUUGGCUCCGAUAAACCAAGUCUUCCCCGCUGAGGAUGAAGUCGACAAACACGUGGAGGAUAACUGCUCUCUCAUGUACUUGAAUGAAGCCACUUUGCUCAACAACAUUCGAGUGAGAUACAGCAAAGACAAGAUUUAUACGUUUGUAGCCAACAUUUUGAUCGCCAUCAAUCCAUACUAUGAUAUCCCAAAGCUUUACUCACCAGAAACCAUCAAACAGUACCGGGGGCGGUCUUUGGGGACGCUGCCGCCACACGUCUAUGCCAUCGCCGAUAAGGCAUACAGGGACAUGAAGGUCCUGAAGAUGAGCCAGUCCAUCAUCGUCUCAGGAGAGUCCGGCGCCGGCAAGACCGAAAACACCAAGUUUGUACUCAGGUACUUGACAACCUCGUAUGGAACAGGCCAGGAUAUAGAUGAGAGGAUAGUGGAAGCUAACCCCUUGUUGGAGGCUUUCGGGAAUGCAAAAACCGUUCGGAACAACAACAGCAGUCGUUUCGGGAAGUUUGUGGAAAUUCAUUUCAAUGAGAAGAACGCUGUCGUGGGCGGCUUUGUUUCUCACUACCUGCUGGAAAAGUCCAGGAUAUGCAGACAAGGCCCCGAGGAGAGAAACUACCACAUCUUCUACCGCCUGUGUGCUGGAGCUUCUGAAGACAUCAGACAGAAGUUCCACCUCAGCUCACCGGACACUUUCAGGUACCUGAACAGAGGAUGCACUCGCUACUUUGCCUCCAAGGACACGAACGACCACAUUCUGCAGAAUCGCAAGAGCUCAGAGCACACAAAGUGUGGCCCUUUGAAGGACCCACUGCUGGACGACCACGGCGACUUCAACAGGAUGUGCGUCGCCAUGAAGAAGAUCGGCCUGGACGACACGGAGAAGCUGGAUCUGUUCAAAGUGGUGGCGGGCGUGCUGCACCUGGGAAACAUCGACUUUGAGGAGGCUGGCAGCACCUCAGGCGGCUGUACCAUCAAAAACCAGUCGAGUAAGACGCUGGAGUGCUGUGCAGAGCUUCUGGGCCUGGAAGAGGAGGAUUUGAGAGUCAGUCUCACCACCAGAGCGAUGGUCACAACAGCAGGGGGCGUCAAAGGAACUGCCAUCAAAGUUCCCCUCAAAGUCGAGCAGGCUAACAACGCUCGAGAUGCCUUGGCCAAAGCCGUAUACAGCCACCUGUUUGACCACGUGGUGACCAGAGUUAACCAGUGCUUCCCCUUUGCCUCCUCCACCAACUUUAUUGGCGUCUUGGACAUCGCUGGCUUUGAAUACUUCGAACACAACAGCUUCGAGCAGUUCUGCAUCAAUUACUGUAAUGAGAAACUGCAGCAGUUUUUCAAUGAGCGCAUUCUAAAGGAGGAACAAGAGUUGUACCAGAGGGAGGGGCUCGGAGUCAACGAGGUUCACUAUGUCGACAAUCAGGACUGCAUAGACCUUGUGGAGGCAAAGGUGGUCGGCAUUCUGGAUAUUCUGGACGAAGAAAAUCGCCUACCUCAACCCAGCGACCAGCACUUUACUGAAACCGUUCAUAACAAGCACAAGGAUCAUUUCCGCUUGACUAUACCCAGGAAGUCUAAGCUUACCGUCCACAGGAACGUGAGGGAUGAUGAGGGAUUUAUCAUCAGACACUUUGCAGGAGCUGUGUGCUAUGAAACGACCAAGUUUGUGGAGAAGAACAAUGAUGCUCUCCAUAUGUCUCUGGAGUGUCUGAUCAGCGAGUCCAAGGACCGCUUCAUUCGACAGUUGUUUGAGAACUCCAACAACAGCAAAGAUGUCAAGAACGUCAAGCAGAAGGCUGGAAAACUUGGCUUCAUCAGUGUUGGGAACAAGUUUAAGACCCAGCUGAAUAUCCUCCUGGAAAAGCUCCGCAGCACGGGCUCCAGUUUUGUUCGCUGCAUUAAACCAAACCUGAAGAUGGUCAGUCACCAGUUUGAAGGAGCUCAGAUUCUCUCGCAGCUGCAGUGCUCUGGUAUGGUAUCGGUGCUGGACUUGAUGCAGGGUGGCUUCCCCUCCAGAGCUCCUUUCCAUGAGCUCUACAACAUGUACCAGAAGUACAUGCCACCCAAACUCACCCGCCUUGACCCACGCCUCUUCUGCAAGGCUUUGUUUAAAGCCCUGGGACUAGAUGAGAAUGACUUCAAAUUCGGCUUGACCCGAGUGUUUUUCCGCCCAGGCAAGUUUGCAGAGUUUGACCAGAUCAUGAAGUCUGACCCGGAUCACCUGGCAGAGCUGGUGAAGAAGGUCAACAAGUGGCUCAUCCACAGCCGCUGGAAGAAGGUCCAGUGGUGCGCUCUGUCCGUCAUUAAGUUGAAAAACAAGAUCCUUUACCGGGCCACCGCCUGCAUCACCAUCCAAAAGACAGUCCGGAUGUGGCUCUGUAAGAGGAAGCACAAACCUCGUAUUGAUGGGCUGGUCAAGGUGCGCAGCGUGAAGAACAGGAUGAGCCGCUUCAACGAGGUGGUGGCCGGCCUGAAGGAGGGCAAACAGGAGAUGAGCAAGCAGAUCAUGGAGCUUGAUGCCGCCAUCGACAGCCUGAUCGCCAAAAUAAAGAGCACCAUCAUGUCCCGGAUUGACAUUGACCACGAGUACAAGUCUCUUGUGACCCGGUCGGAGCACCUGCUGACAGCUUUGCAGAACAAGAAGAAGGAGGAGGAGGAGCGCGAACGGUUGCGACGCAUCCAGGAGGAGAUGGAGAAGGAGAGGAAGAGGAGGGAGAAGGAAGAACAGCGUCGCAAGCAAGAGGAGGAGGAGAGGCGACUAAAAGCAGAGAUGGAGCUGAAGAGGAAGCAGGAAGAGGAGGAGAGGAAGAAAAGAGAAGAGGAGGAGAAACGAUUGCAGAUGGAGAUGGAGCUGCAGCUGCAGGCUGAGCAGGAGGUGGAGGCGGCCCGGCAGGCCAUCCUGGAGCAGGAGCGGAGGGACAGGGAGCUGGCGCUGAGGAUCGCCCAGAGCGAGGCUGAGCUGAUCCCCGAAGAGACGCCCAACGACUUUGGGCUGCGCAGUAAUGACUCCUCAGUUCCAUCAUCCCCAGAGAGAUCAGCUGGCGCUGCAACUGCAAAAUUCAAGAACUUGACCAUGGAAGAAAUGGCGAAGGAAAUGUCUGAACUUCUGGCUCGAGGUCCACAGGUCCAGGCGACCAAGGCGGCUGCCGGCACCAAGAAGUACGAGCUGAGCAAGUGGAAGUACGCAGAGUUGCGGGAUGCCAUCAACACCUCAUGUGACAUCGAGCUGCUGGCUGCCUGCAGGGAGGAAUUCCACCGCCGGCUCAAAGUGUACCACGCCUGGAAGGCAAAGAACAAGAAGAGGAACACUGAGUCGGACCAGCGAGCCCCUAAAUCUGUCACAGACUAUGAUCAUGCACCUCCUGUGAAAAAAGCAUCAGCUCAACAGAACUCGGCCCCGCCCAUCCCAGCACGGCAGCAUGAAGUGGCAAUGAACCGGCAGCAGCGCUUUUUCCGCAUCCCGUUCAUCCGGCCAGGCGACCAGUACAAAGAUCCCCAUAGCAAGAAGAAGGGCUGGUGGUAUGCACACUUCGAUGGGCCCUGGAUCGCCAGGCAGAUGGAGCUGCAUCCUGAAAAACAACCCAUCAUACUGGUGGCAGGCAAAGACGACAUGGAGAUGUGCGAGCUGAGCCUGGAGGAGACGGGCCUGUCCAGGAAGAGGGGUGCUGAGAUUCUCCCUCGACAGUUCGAGGAGAUCUGGGAGCGCUGCGGCGGCAUCCAGUACCUCCGCAGCGCCAUCGAGAACCGGCAAGCGCGCCCCACCUAUGCCACGGCCAUGCUGCAGAGCCUGUUGAAAUGACACGCGGGGGGCGUGGGGCGUGGUGCGGCAGCCAAAAGGGACGCGCUGCGUGACACGGACAGCGUGAGCGCUCUGACUGCAGGGCGUUCAACAUUUAGCACCGUUUCUUUUAACUUUUCUUCUCCUUAAUCUUUUUUUUUUUUUUGUCGUUCUUGCUGGUUUGCAGUUCCUUGAUGGUUUCAAGGCGGGAAAGCUUUGAACCCCUAUGCAGGCAAAAAAAAAGAAGAAAAUUACACUGCAUGAUCACAUCCAGUUUUCCAAGGAAUUCAGUUCUUUUAAACAUCUCUGCAAGUCUAGCUAUGAGGCCUUAAUGCAACUUUAACAGGGUUCGAUUUAAAAGAAAAAGUAGGACAUCAUGUUCAAAGCUGCCUCCUCUAACCAGAAAACGUGUCAUUUUUUCUUUUGUAAUUAUGCAUUCCUGAUGAUUGCUCUGACGUCUCACUUCCAUCUUAACAUCUAGCUGGUCACCCUGCUAAGACUUAAAGCCUGUUGUUUACAUUUUCUUCAUGUGGUCUUUACAGGGCGGGAAACUUGCACAAGGAGUAGACAGCUCUCACUGUGAGUCAGUGAAGCACGAGUGGAAGAAUAUUCCAGUUUUGAUUAAGUCCAAUCUUGAUUUUUUGUUUUGUUUUUGCCAUUCGUCUUUCCAGCUGAAAGUAACUCGGGACCUUGUUGAUCUGCUCACUUUGUGAUUCCUUUUCUCAUUCCGUGUGAAUUAAAUGAGUUUAAUGAGAAUGCUCCAAACUGACACCUGAUGUUGCUCUGGGUUUUUAUUUUCAACUGGAAAUACUCUGCGGAUAGUUUCAGCGUUCAUACGGAGGAACAGAAUAUGUAAAAUGAAUAUGCAAAUGCUAAUGUCAAAACCGUUGCAGCAAAGAAAUCCCCGUUCCUCAACCAUCUCUGCCAUUGUUUGUCAGUGCAGUGAACUUCUAGGAAAGUGUGCAUAUUUUGCAUAAACAAAAUAUGAAUGAGGACGAAUUCCAGUUUGGAAAUCUCGUCUCAGGCUCCUUCUCUGUCAAAAGUGUUUUCUAUUCGACACGUUCAGUAUGUGAAAUAUGAAAUCUACAAGUUUUGCUCUGUUGUUCAGGCAUCGUAACAAGAAGCAAUAAACUGUGCAAACUGGAACUGCAGGCUUUGCUUGUUGUGUAAAUGAACAGCGGUAUGUUUGGAAGCAGCCAUUCCUCUGGAAUCUCUCUCUCUGAAGAUCCACAGAAGAAAAACAAUCAGUUUGUGUCGAAAGCCGCAUCAGCAUUUUUCACAGCUUUUGAGCGUUUAGGCAUGAAACUGACCACCGCCGUCUUUCUGCUGAAGGAUGUGAGCCGAUUUCUUCACUUUUUCUCUGGCUGCACGUUUGUCAUCUGUGAGCAGGGAUUGUUUUUUUGUUUUUUUUGUUCUCAACUGCAGGAAUUUAGAAAGACUUGCUUUCCUUAUAAGUAAAAAAAAAAUACAUUAAACGUCUAUUUAUUUAUCAUAAUUUUUCCCCGCUAAAUCAUUUCAAGGUCACAUUUUUUCUUUAGCCUCGUCUAAAGCAGAUCUUCAGUGAGAAAGCUGAAGGUUUUAUGGAAACAAACAAUAAAAAAAGCAUUUUUCUAAGAAAGUGUCAGAAGAAAGAACAGCUUUCUUUGCUGCAGCAGGAAACCUCUCAGUCAAUCCAGAGAGAUUUCCCUUUAGUCCAUUCCAGCUGGGAUUCAUCCCUCAUUUGAACUGAAAUCCAUCCCUUUCCGUUCGUCUCUCAACGUUCCAAAGAUUCAGGAGUGAUGCCACCAAGACCAAAAUCUGUUCAAGUUCAGACAGAUUGUGUUGGAAGUUGCUUCAGUGUCUGACUUGCAUCGUCUGCACACCUUUGACUGGAUGACGUAAAUGAAUCUUUUUGCAUGUUAAAGCAGAGUAUGAAGGGGCUUAUUUACGUUUUUGUUGGUGUUUACCACCAGAGUGACAAGCUGUAAAACAUCCCUGCUAGAAAACGUCGCAACCAUUCCUCGGAAAGCACUGCCUUUGUUCAUUGUCACUUUUCUAACGCUGAUCAUAAAUAAAUGAAUUUCAUGUUUCACCCA